UACACGGCGCCACAGGAAGAAAACCGUUCAGAAACCGUUCAGAGAUCAAUCAUCAGUAUUUUAACGAUCAGCUGUUUCAACGAGUUUCUAAUGUUCGUCCGUGGUUCAGCCUGACGGACCGAUCAAAUGGAUUCUACCGGGGAAAUAAAGCUGACGUCACAGACCGCCGUUCCGCGUUUCUAACCGCCAAAGAGAACUCUGUUGUUUCCUACUGUGUUUUACUGACCCCCUCCACCAUGAGCUUCAGGGUGUGCAGGACCUGUGGGGGGGCAGACAUCGAUGUGGAUCAGGCUCGGGGCAGCGCGGUGUGCACCGGCUGUGGUUCGGUUCUGGAAGACAACAUCAUUGUCUCUGAGGUUCAGUUCGUGGAGGGAAGUGGAGGAGUUUCAUCUGCUGUGGGACAGUUCGUCUCUGCUGACGGUCCAGUUAAAGCUCCUCUUCUUGGUUCUGGUUUCCACACUAGUGUUGGUAAAGAGUCCAGAGCCCAGACCCUGCAGAGUGGAAAGCGUCAGAUCCAGCAGUUGGGCAGUCAGCUGCAGUUGAACCAGCACUGUUUGGACACAGCCUUCAACUUCUUCAAGAUGGUCGUCAGUAAACACCUCACCCGAGGACGUAAGACGGAGCACGUCAUUGCAGCAUGUCUCUACCUGGUGUGUCGCACUGAAGGGACCCCACACAUGCUGCUGGACCUGAGUGACCUGCUGCAGGUCAACGUUUACAUCCUGGGAAAGACAUUCCUGCUGUUGGCUCGUGAGCUCUGCAUCAACGCUCCCGCCAUUGACCCGUGUCUCUACAUCCCUCGUUUCGCCCACAUGUUGGAGUUCGGGGUGAAGACUCAUGAAGUUUCCAUGACGGCUCUUCGUCUGGUUCAGAGGAUGAAGAGAGACUGGAUGCACACAGGACGCCGACCGUCCGGCCUCUGUGGAGCAGCUCUCCUGGUGGCUGCUCGAAUGCACAAGUUUCGUCGGACAGUGAAGGAUGUGAUCAGUGUGGUGAAGGUCUGUCAGACCACUCUGAGGAAGAGGUUGACAGAGUUUGAGGACACGCCCACCAGUCAGCUGACCAUCGAUGAGUUCAUGAGAGUGGAUCUGGAGCAGGAAUGUGAUCCACCGUCCUUCAUCGCUGCACAGAACAAGGCCAAGAUGCAGCAGCUGGAACAGGAGCUGGCCAGGAAGCUGGACGAGGUCGAAGGAGAGAUCAGCUGCUACAAAGACGAGAUUGAGACGGAGCUGGAGAAGAGCCGACCCAAACUGAGAGGAAUCUACGCCGCCUACACCAAAGAGAUCGACCCUGAGGACGUUGAGGUUUUGUCCUCAACCUCUGAACCUGAAGAGCGAGAGGUUGAGGACGCAGAGCUCCAAGCCGCCACCCAGCACCUGACCCAGGACUUCCUGUGUCAGGUGAUUCAGGAGGAGGAGGAGGAGGGGCGGGCUAAUAAGACAGGAGACGGCGAGCAAGAGGUGGGGCCAGAGAAAGAGGGGGUGGGGCCUCAGCGUCAAGUGGCCCCUUUGGCUGUCAUCCUGGGGAAGCUGCCAAGCAGUCUGGACCUCCAACAGACAUUCCAGACCUUCAGCAAGUCAGAGACCUGCCACAAACCUGACGAUGAGGACUCGGAGAGUGGUGAGCUGGACCUGGAGGGUAUCGAUGAUCAGGAGAUUGAGAAGUACAUCCUGAAUGAUAAUGAGGUCCAGGUGAAGACGGAGCUGUGGAUGAAACAGAACGCAGAGUACCUCAAGGAGCAGCAAGAGAAAGAAGAGAGGAUCAGGAAAGAGAAAGAACAGGGGACGUAUAAAGAGAAGAAGAAGAAGAAGAGUAAGAGAAAGGAGCAGAUUGAGGCGUUGACGGCCGGUGAAGCGAUAGAGAAGAUGUUGGAGAAGAAGAAGAUCUCCAGUAAGAUCAACUACGAUGUCCUCAGAGACCUGAAUAGCCGAGGGACAGGGAGUGGGGGGGGCAGCAGUCCCAGCAGAGCAUCCUCUGACCCCCCCGACCCCAACAACACCAACACCACCACACGGAAACGACUCAACCGUCGCCGCCGCAAGAAGACUAGUGAGGCUAACCAGGACCUUGUCACUAAUGCUAGCAUCAUGGGGAAGAGGUUCCGUCGUCUCAUUUCCUCCACAUCAAAGAAGAAGAAAACAGCCCCUCAGGUAGAAACCUCCAUUUCCAUGACAACAAAGCCAACAGAGACUGCAGCAGAACCAAGUCCUGAACCUGAGCCAGAUGUCAGCUCCACCCUCUCAGCUGCUCCUCCCCCUGUGGAGGAGGAGGAGGAGGAAGAGGAGGUAGAGGAAGAGUGUGUCAGCGCACUGAAACUUGUAGGAGAUUACGGCUGUGAGGCAGAGGAGGAGGACGUCUUCUAGCUUCACCCUGUUGACCUUUGACCUUUCCGUCCGGUCUUUGAGGAUCUGGAUCUGUUGGACUGAGGCAGCUCGACUCAGACGGAUCAAUGUUACAAAUAUCAAUAGAAAUGAUCAGUGAUCAAUUAAAGUUUAAUUGAUUGAUCAAUUGAUCAAUUAAAGUUUAAUUGAUCACUGAUCAUUUCUAUUGAUUGUAUGACUCUGAACCCGUUGUGUUCAUAUAGUUUAGACAUUUGUGUAUUUUUAUAUCGUUGUAAAUAUUCAAACUUUAGAUGAAUGAAUUGAACUUCAAAUAGUUUUAAUUCAGUUUAUUGUUUUUCACGAAUGAAGAGGAAGCUGUGGAAUUCAGAGACAACAUCGUCUCUUUAAUGUUUAAAUGUUUUUAGUCUUUGCUGUAAAUUGUGUGUGUUUUAGUCUUUUCCAGUUGAGAUUUAAAAACAAACCAAAAUAAUAACAAAGCUGAAAAAAGAAACGACAUUCCCUCAGAGAAUAAACUCUGUCCUGAUCUCA